GCGAAGAACGACAUGGCGAGUCCUAGUUAGACAUUAUUUGACAUUUCAGUUCAGAUUUGCUUUUAAAUACACCAGGAAAGCAAAUCCUUAUUCAGCUAUACGUACAUGGUCAACUAAGUGAAGAAGACAAACAUGGCUUCCAAAAGAGUGAAUACUACGGCCACAGGAAGGCUGAAGCAGGACUACCUGAGAAUCAUGAAAGACCCAGUUCCUUAUGUUAAAGCCAUACCUUUACCAAGCAAUAUUUUAGAAUGGCAUUACAUUGUGAGUGGUCCAGAACAGUCUCCUUAUGAAGGGGGUAUUUACCAUGGAAAACUGAUCUUCCCUCGAGAAUUUCCCUUUAAGCCGCCAAGUAUAUACAUGAUCACUCCUAAUGGCAGAUUUAAGUGUAACACAAGGUUGUGCUUGUCCAUUAGUGAUUUCCACCCAGACACUUGGAAUCCAGCUUGGUCUGUGUCUACUAUACUGACGGGUCUACUCAGCUUCAUGUUAGAAAAGAGUCCCACCUUAGGCAGUAUUGAAACAUCAGAUGCUACCAAGAGACAAUUAGCAGCAGCUAGUGGGCGGUUUAACCUCAACGACAAAAUAUUUACUGAACUGUUUCCUGAUGUUGCUGAGGGUAUAAAAGAGGAACAUAGGAAGCGAGAAGAAGAGCUGAAGGAAUCUACGAACUCACGACUUGUAAACAAUAGAUCUAGGUCCUCAAAUGGGAACAACAACGACCCCAACCAAAACAACCAAGGCAUUAUGGGAAGUGCAGUGGCCAACAUAUUUGUGAUAAUUGGACUUGCAGCCUUUGCUUACACUGUGAAAUAUGUGCUGCGUAGUGUUGUUGAAUGAUAUUAACAUUUCUGUUAUUAACUAUCUGCUUCACAUUUGGUACUGUAAUUACAGGGGGGGGGAUGGGGCGGAGCUACAAUGAAUAUGUUUGCUUCAGGACUUACUUAGUUGUAGCCGGAAGCAUGCAUACCUUGUGUAGGUCUCUGUCCUAAGGAUACUCUCUAUGUUUACUGAAAAAAAGACUGAUAUUCUCACAAUAACACUUUCGCAAACAAGUUUCUCUCAAUUACUGAUAUCUUUCAAAAUUUUCUUAAUAGGAGCUCAGGGGUGAAUUUUGUUUCUAUAAGUGUUUUAAGCAGUUGCUCUCAGUGUGUUUAAAAUGCUCAAGAAGCCUUUCAAUAUCCACUAUUCUUUGUAUCCAAGCUCUGUAAUUUUUACUCCUACUUCAUCAACAGCAUUAUGACAACAGGUUGCAGUGUUUAAAACUAACAACAGACCAUCACACGGUCUGCUGAAAGUCUGGAAAUUUACAUAUAUCUUAAAGGAUGAAGAGUCUGUGUUUUUAGUAGUUUCCAGUGAUGCAUAGCUAGAGCCUUUGUAUUUCCAGAGUGGUAUUAGUGCAGAUUUACCCCUUUGUGUGGGUACAUGAUUAUACAAUAUCAAAGGGAGAUCACUCAACAAAUCUACAUAAUAUGAUAUAAUAAUAACAUAAUGUAUCUGUAAUGUAACUAUUCAUUAGAUAUGAAUACAUAUGGUCUUGUGAAAAAUGUUGCUUGAUGAUUUCUGAUCAUAAGAAGGACAUACCAAGGAUUUGCAUGGCAUUUGUCAUUGCAAGUGGUUACAUACACAACUAUCAAGUCUGAGGACAGCCUGGGUCUGGUUACUGAAGUCCUGAAUUAGACUACCAUGUCGGGUUUGGUUUAGAUUUAUGUAGUAAAUCUGGUACCCAACAGCUGGCUAUUUUAGUGGGGAUGAUAAUUUUUGCUACUUUGCUAACAUUAACAUGAAUGCAAAAACUUUUUCUGUGAAAUAAUGAAAACUGUGUAUUAGAUGUUCUUUUACAUCAAGAUUGCAAAAUUCUCAUUUGUUAAAAUAUAAUUCAACAUUUUACUAUCAAAUUUCAAAAAUUUUGACCUCUGAAAGUUACCAGCUAUAUUGUUUAAACUAAAAUGUUCGCUCUAAUCCCAGGUCAAAAGUUACAGGUCAAAAGUCAAGGUUGUAAUUUUUGAAGGGUUUGUAAUCAUGCUAUUUUUGUGGAUUGAAUAAAAUCACAAAAGCUUAAUUAAAUUUAAAAAAUGGAAUGAAACCUUUGACUGUUUCCCUACUUCAGUGAAAAAUAGGUCUGUUUGGCUUUUCGUGAAAUUGUAAAAAAUUGAACUUUGGAAAAAGCAUAGUUACAGUAGUUAGGAAUACUUUUUUACAUAGAUUGGAUAAGCCCUGAUAUAUCUAUAUCUUAUUACUGCCACCAUUAUCAAGGUUGGUAGUGAGUUGCUCUCCAUUUUCAACUCUUUGUUGUUCAAUAGCAUAAUUAUGUAAAUGAUGCACUGGUGGAGAAAAAUCUUUCUUACUUGUUUAUUAUCUGAAUUACAACUUUGGAUUGAGUUUGAGAUUUUGUGGUAUGAUAGAAGUACAAUUAAUUUUUUCUGUUAUUUAUUAAUUUACCUUGUUAACGAGGAAUUUUUAAUUCUCUUUAAUUGAAUGUCAUUACUUGUUAAACAUCAAAAUCAAACAUGAGAUAUUGUUGAAAUGCUGGAUGAUUACCAGUGAUAAAAACUCGUCACUAUCCAAAAUCACAUUUUUUGCUUUUGUUUUUGAAUCCGUCUGGUUACACUGUAAAAUCAUAUAAUCGUGAGGCUCCACUUUCGUGGUUUUCCAAAAAAAAAAAAAAAAAAUCCAUUUUCGUUGGCACUUGAUUUCAUUGUUAAAUCUUGUUCACAAAAUCCACUUGUGCUAUAACCAAUGUCAACUAUAAAAAUUAGUUUAUUAUUUUAUGGGCAUAUAUAUUUGUGGAUUUAGAGUAUCCAUAAAUUAAACAAAAAUAAUUUCCCACGAAAGUUUAUGAUUGUACAAAAGGUUAAUUUUUGGGGUUAUUUUACAUCUGUACAUAAAUCUAUACAUAAAAUCUUUUUUGUUGAUUUGAUUCCAUUUCUUGAGACUCCAUAUUUGGUAUAACAUAUUUUUAAUCCCUUCUUUUGUUGGACAGUACUGGUCUGUAUUUCAGUAUUGUAUAUCAUAAGUACUUAUAUUUAUAAUUAUUUGUUAAGACAUUUGCUGUUUGUAUGACUAUAUCCAGAUAUGAAAUAACAUUUAAAUCUAUGACAUAUGUAAUGAUAAUGUUUAAAAAAAAAAACAAAGGAAAACAUGGCUUGUUGAUCAUGGCUGAGCAAAUAUCAAUUUAUAAUUAUUCAGAAUUAUUUAGAAUUCCAGAGUAGUGAAAAAGCCUCUUAAUGUCACAUUAGUUAAUAUCACAUUUUGGUUAAUAUCACAUUUUGGUUAAUAUCACUUUUUGGUUAAUAUCAUGUUUCUUGUACAAGUAUUGCUGGCAUUAUCUAUCAUAGAGAGAAUGCACAGUGAAAAUGAAAUCAUAUAUUGGUAUAUCCACUUGGUUUUCUGAACAGCAGUAAAGUUAAUAUAAAUAAGGCUGAUUUAUCUGAUUAAAGCACAGAGGUGAUGGUUACAGCUUACCAGGUAUCUGAUUUCCAUAUCUCUACAUAAAUAUUGAAAUAUCAUUUCACCAACAAAGUACUAUUCAUUUUUGGUAGAAUGAAAAAAAUGCUUCACUGAAAAAUUUUAAUUGUUUUAGGAAUACAGUGUUUGUAUAAGAAAAUAUGGCAAUUCUUUGUUUGAUUAAUUACAGCUAAUACUUAAUUGUGAUCUUUGCUUUUUAUCAGACAUUUUGUAUCGUCACUGAAGUGUCAACUUCAUGUGAUAAUGGUUUUGUUUGUUAUUAUAAAGAAAUAUUUGUCAUUAUGAUUAAAUUGUUGAAUGAAAUGUAUGGA